CUGGGGCCUGUUGCACAAAAGUAGAAUUAAGACAUCCGGGAUAAAUGACUCAGCUGAGCUCAAUGAAGCCAAAACAUGUGCGUCCAGGCUUAAUUGGUUGCACAAAGACCAAGCCAGGAUGAGCAGACACGGAUUCAUUAAGCCAGGUGAAACCAAUCCUGGAUAGGUGCGCGCUCACGGCUCACUCAAAUAGACCCCGCCACAGAUCACAGAUUAACUGAUUUACCAUGGCAACUAGAGCCGCGUACUUUUCCCCGUCGGAAGCACAAAUCCUCAUGGAGGCAUACGAGGAGGUAAAAGAUAUAAUUAAGAAGAAAGGCAACACCGCCACAGUGAUAAAGCAAAGAGAAAAAGCGUGGCAAAGUAUUGCAGACCGCCUGAAUGCGUAAGUAGUGCACAAUUACACACUCACCGCUCCGCUGAAACAUCACAAUUACAAUUCAAAUAUUUAAUUCACAUCUCCAAAAAUGCAGUUGUACUGUAAUUAUGAAACGGUUAAAUUUUUAAUUGAAAUGCACUGCAGAUAUGAGUGAAAUUGUGUAAAGUAACUCCAUCACACUGUAUAAAGCUAUGAUAAAUUUUUUGAUAUUUUUACUGAAAACAAGACAAAAAUACCAAGUAAUUUUUUGCAGUGUGACUCCAUUAAAUGUGUGUGUGUGUGUGUGUGUGUGUGUGUGUAGAUUAAACAUGAACGGGCCAAAACGGACAUGGCAGCAGGUCAAAAUCAAAUACAAGAACAUUCUGCAGAAUGCAGUGAAAAAGAAUACCCACAGACAAGGCACGGGUGGUGGGUCACCAAAGGCUGACCUUACCCCAGCAGAGGACAUGGCCUUGGAGCUAAAUAAAGGCAGGCCCGUCUUAGAGGGGAUCCCUGGGGGGAAAGAGACGAGCAUAGGUUCCUCCCAAGAUGCCACCCGCUUCAUUCAAGUGCCUGGCAGCACUGUGUUCCUGUUAGAGCCACCAGCACAAGCACCAGACGAUGCUGAUCCAGGUGAAGGCCCCAGUGCAGCAGCAACAGCACAUGAUGGAGACGAUGAUGAGGAGGAGACCAUCUCUCUGGAUUCCAGAAGGCAUGAGGACCCAGAUGCUAUACAGUGGGAAAACCAGCCUGGCAACAUAAGCUCACAAGCUAUCAGAAAGUUGUAUGGCAACCACCUCCGGCGCCAAAUAGAACUGGCAGACAUAGACAUUCAGUACAAGAAGAAAAAGAUGGAAAAUCUUGCACUGGAGUCCGAAAUAAAAAAGAGGACAAUUAGGAAACUGGACCUUGAAAUAAAAAAACUUGAGAGGGAGCUCCAAGAAGAUGACACAGCUCAAAAUAAAAAUUAGCAAUCAGUACAACCAAGUCAUCGUUAUAAGGCAUCGCCCUCUUUUGCCCACCCCCCCAGCACCAGGUGUGGCCACUAGCCUAUAUGAAGGCCCAAAAUUGUGUGUUCCUUUCUGCUCUGACAAUGGCAUGCCCAUUCGUGCGAGAUGUGGUGGAUGAAGAAAGAAGCACUUGUGCUGAGGAGAACCUUCAGGCGAGAAAGGGUCUUCAGGGACCGGUUGGACCCACUGGCCUUCCCUGAUGACCAUCUAUAUGAAAGAUACAGGUUUUCUGCAGAUGGCAUCAGGUAUCUAUGCAGACUACUGGGUCCCAGGAUUAAGCACCGCACUGCACGGAGCCAUGCACUGAGUGUGGAGCAAAUGGUUUGUGUGGCCUUGCGCUUUUUUGCUAGUGGAGCCUUCCUGUACUCAGUGGGGGAUGCAGAACAGCUGAACAAGGCCACAAUUUGCCGCACAAUAAGGAGUGUGUGUCUGGCUAUCAAAGCAUUAGCAGAUGUCUUCAUCUCCUUCCCUGGCCACAGAAGACUCUGUGACAUCAAAGAGGAGUUCUAUAGGAUUGCAGAUGGUCUGCAAUGCUGACUGUGUGAUCAGCAAUGUUGUGGCAAAAUGGCCUGGCUCAGUCCAUGACUCCAGAAUCUUUCGGGCCUCUGAAAUCUAUCAGUGCCUAUCACAAGGUGAAUUCUCUGGUGUGUUGCUGGGAGACAGGGGUAUGGCUGCCAGCCUUUUCUCCUGACACCUUUCACAGACCCCCAGGAAGCACAGCAGGCCUACAACCAUGCCCAUGCCAGGACCAGGGCCAGAGUUGAAAUGACCUUUGGCCUCCUGAAGGCACGCUUUCACUGCCUUCACAAAUUAAGGGUCAGCCCUGUUAGGGCAUGUGAUAUUACUGUGUCUUGUGCUGUCCUCCACAAUGUGGCCUGCCUGAGGAAGGAGAGGGCCCCCAGAGUGCCACCAGCCAUGGACUGGGACAAUCCGGCAAUCUUCCCUGAUGACGACAGUGGUCGGCUGCUGAGGGACCAAUAUGUGUUGAAUUAUUUUAGUUAGUAUGUGUGCUUUCAAUUUUGGUUAAAUAUGUCCUGCGGUGGCAGAGGAAUUUGGGUUUUUUUGGGUUCGUUUUUGACGAAUUUGGCCUCUUAUGAUGUUUGUGCGGUAUACUGUGUGUAAUACAAGGCUGCAGGGAGGCUACUGCAUCCAUUCAUUUGUCUGUUCAGUUGAUGUGUAUGGAUUUGUCCUGCAUUUAUUUUAGUGUGCAGACAUGCAGGGUGUGUUAUAUACAGACCUUUGAAUGUGUAUGUAUCAUUUUGUAUAAUAUGCUUGGAUUCUGUGCUUUCCAUCUUGUAGAGUCACUGUGACUUCAGUUUCGAAAGGAGCUGAUGGUUUACCUGCUUUGU